AUGACAGAUCAGCCUCACAAAAAAGCAAAAAUAGAAGAAGAACAAAAAUCGCAGCUGAUCGUCCAAUUUUACAACGCAGAAGGUAUUCCAGUAGGACCUGAACUGGACAUGCCAGAUUCUGUGAACCCAGAUGAGCUUGAACAAGCUCUUAAUUCAAUUCAAGAUUCUCAAGAAAGCUAUGCAUUUUAUUUAUCCAAUAUAGAAGUCCGAAAAACCCUAAAAGAUGCAUGCAAAGAAGCAACUCACCCAUAUGAAAUUGUGGUACCACUCACAUUCCACCCACAAAGCUUGUUCCGAGUGGCUCCCGCAACAAGAGCAACCAGCUGCCUUGAAGGCCACACAGAAGCAAUUUUAUGUGUCCAGUACAGUCCAGAUGGAAUGAACUUGGCAUCUGCUGGAGGCGAUACGACAGUAAGGCUCUGGGACGUUUUGACUGAAACUCCUUUCCGAACUAUGGAAGGCCACAGCAACUGGGUGCUUCUUGUAAGCUGAAGCCCAGAUGGCAAAAAACUCGCAUCAGCUGGAGUGGAUGGAACUAUUCGUCUAUGAAAUCCAGAAACUGGUGAACAAAUCGGGAAGCCUCUUGCAGGACACAGAAAAUGGGUUAAUGCAUUAGCAUGGGAGCCUUUUCAUGUGAAUCCAGAUUCAAGUAAACUUGCCUCUGGGUCAAAGGAUAACACAAUCAGAGUAUGGGAUAUUACAACACACACAGUUAUUUACACAAUUUCAGGGCACUCAGCAUCUGUCUCCAAAGUGCUAUGGGGUGGAAGUGGGUAUAUUUAUUCGAGCUCUCAAGACAGGACUGUUAAGGUUUGGGAUGGACAGACCGGAAGAUUAGUUAGAGAGCUUAAAGGGCAUGCUCACUGGGUAAAUCAGCUUUCUGCAAGCACUGAUUUUGUGCUUCGAACAGGAUUUUACGAUCCUUUUGCCCAAGAGCAGGCGCAAGAAAACCAAAAACAAUCUAUUGCCCUCGAAAGAUUUAAAAAAAUCGAAGGAAAAGGAGAGCGCCUGGUUUCAUGCUCUGAUGACUUCACAAUAAUUCUAUGGACACCUGGAGCAACAAAAGAUCCAGUCGCUAGAAUGACUGGGCAUCAGCAAUUAGUAUCUCAAGUGAGCUAUUGCUUAGGAAGGCUCUAGCUCGUCCUGGACUAGAAACUUUCUCUCCAACUCAUGGUGUUGGCUUUGAGCCAAAAGUUGUCAAAACAAUUUCAAGAAUUGAGAAUGCACUUGCCAUUUGUAAACGCGUGGAGUUAGCUUGGCAAUUUUUGGUUUCAAGCUAGAGAGUUGGAGAAAAAGUUACUAGUCCAAGACGAGCCAAAAGUUAUCCUGGACUAUACUCACCAGAUGGGCAUUUUGUAGUUUCUGCUUCUCAUGAUAAGUCUGUUAAGCUUUGGGAUGGGUUCAAUGGACAGUUUUUGUCAAAUUUUAGAGGGCAUGUUGGAGCAGUUUAUCAAGUGUGCUGGUCUCCGGAUUCAAGAAUGUUUGCAACUGGGUCUAAAGACAGCACUGUAAAAAUCUGGAGCAUGAAGAAAAAAGGACUUCUUGUAGAUCUACCAGGGCAUGCUGAUCAAGUUUACACAUUAGAUUGGAGUCCUGAUGGAUUGAAAUUAGCUUCUGGUGGAAGAGAUCGAAUACUAAAUAUUUGGCGAAGCUAA